CCGCUAGAUUAGCAGUCCGCCCGUCCCCACGCCACGGGAAAAGAUGACCGUUUGAACCGCGUCGGCGUGAACGCGAACGCACGGGCCAGCCGGAGCCGGAGCCGCUUUCACGCUCGAGGGGAACUAAUGAACGACUCUGUGGAUUACAAGUCACUGGGAGAGGAAACGCCGCCUCCUGCUCUUUCUUGCGGGCGAGGAAAGCGUACAACGGGGUCUGUCGGGCCGGCGGGUCGCCAGGAGUCGGAACAACGGCGAGCUUCCCCCCGCACUCCUUUGCAUUCAAAUCAUAUAUUUAUUUUUUAAGUCUUGUUCGGGUAGAUUUUCAGAGGAUAGGAGACGUGUGGGUUAACAUUCCGCUGUUAUUUGAGGGGGUUCUUAGCGAUGACCCAUGGUGCGCCAAGGAGGAGCUCUUCAGUGGACUGGCCGAAACCGUCGAAGGGCUAAGCUAGGUUCAGACCCGAGCUCCGCGCAAAGCUGCGCGCCGCAGUAAACCGUCUGUGCCGUCUGUACCGUCUGUAGCGCGUUGAAGCGAAGCCCCCUCCCUCCCUCCCUCCCUCCAUUUUUUGGGGGGGUGAACUUUUUUUCCUUACACCUCUAAAACGAGCCAGGGAGCCAGCCAGGAUGUCAUUUUUCAAUUUCCGCAAAAUCUUCAAAUUGGGGUCCGAGAAGAAGAAGAAGCAGUACGAGCACGUGCGCAGGGACGAGGACCCCGAGGAGGUGUGGGACAUCAUCGGCGAACUGGGCGACGGGGCCUUCGGCAAAGUGUUCAAGGCCCAGAACAAGCAUACGGGCAUCCUCGCUGCAGCCAAAGUUAUUGACACAAAGACCGAGGAGGAGCUGGAGGACUACAUGGUGGAGAUCGACAUCCUGGCCUCCUGUGACCACCAGAACAUUGUCAAACUGCUCGAUGCUUUCUAUUAUGAGAGCAAACUCUGGAUCCUCAUCGAGUUCUGUGCCGGAGGGGCUGUGGAUGCUGUCAUGCUCGAACUGGAGAGACCCCUGACAGAGCCUCAGAUCAAGGUGGUGUGCAAGCAGACUCUGCAGGCCCUCGUCUACCUCCACGACAAUAAAAUCAUCCACAGAGACCUGAAGGCCGGUAACAUCCUUGUCUCACUCAAUGGGGACGUCAAGCUAGCUGACUUUGGUGUGUCUGCCAAAAACACCAAAACGAUCCAGAGGAGAGACUCUUUCAUUGGAACGCCUUACUGGAUGGCUCCUGAGGUGGUGAUGUGCGAGACGUCCAAGGACCGUCCGUACGACUUCAAGGCCGACAUCUGGUCUCUCGGGGUCACGCUGAUUGAGCUCGCACAGGUUGAGCCGCCCAAUCACGAGAUGAACCCCAUGCGCGUCCUGCUGAAAAUAGCCAAGGCCGAUCCUCCUACCUUGAUGCAGCCGUCACGCUGGUCCCCAGAAUUCAGUGAUUUCCUGAAGCGGUGCCUGGACAAGAAUGUGGACAACAGGUGGAAUGCGACACAGCUCCUACAGCAUUCGUUUCUGUCCAGUGUGACAGACAACAGGCCACUGAGGGAACUGAUAGCCGAAGCCAAGGCCGAGGUCACCGAGGAGAUUGAGGAGCACAAAGAGGAAGAAGAGGAGGAAGAAACGGAGGCACAUCUGGGCCACAAACGGGCCCCAUCUGAUGUGAGCGUUGCCAGCUCAGAGGAAGAGAAGAUCCCCCUCUCGCCGUCCAUCUUGGAAUCUGUCCCCGAGAAGGUCGAGCCAGUUCUACCAUUGCCGACGCCCACUGAUAUCACUGUGGCCAACACUGUGGUGGACACUAGCUUCGUGGACGAGUCUGCGACCCCUGCUGCCCCUGCAGCAGCAGAGUGUACAGAGGAGGCGCCUGACACUCCCGCUAAAGAUGGAGAGUUGGAACAGAAACCUGUGGAGGAAAAGCUUCCCCAGGCAGGAGAAGAAGUCAGCUCACCAGAAAAAGAGACUGAACCAGAGGCACCGAUUAAAGAGAUGCAGCAGAUGAAGAUCUCCGUCGACGAGGAUGAAAAAGAAGUGGACACCGCCGAGGUGCCCGCCGCUACAGAGAUAUCAGAGGUCACUGAGGCUCCUCCUGAGGAAAAGAUGGCCAUUGUGGAGGAACCCAAAACGCCAGCAGAGGAGGAGCAGGAGCAGGAUCAGGAGGAGCGGUACAAACAUCUGAAGGUGUCACUGACACUUCCAGAGGUUGCCAAAGCGGAGAAUGGCGAGAAACCAACAGAAAUGAACAAAAUCAAUGCAGAAGACGAGAAGAAGAUUCCAGACAAAGCUAAGGACGACAAGGAGAGAGACUCGGACUCGGGGACCGGCUCCGCCGCAGACAACAGCAGCAUGGACCUGAAUCUGUCCAUCUCCAGCUUCCUGUCCAAAACAAAAGAGCCGGGAUCUGUUUCCAUACAGGACACCAAGCGCCAGAAGAAGACGCUGAAAAAGACUCGCAAAUUCAUGGUGGAUGGAGUGGAAGUCAGCGUGACGACAUCCAAGAUCAUCACCGACAAUGACACCAAGAACGAGGAGAUGAGAUUCCUGAGGCGCCAGGAGCUGAGGGAGCUGCGUCUCUUGCAGAAGGAAGAGCAGAGGGCCCAGCAGCAGCUCAGUAACAAGCUCCAGCAGCAAAAAGAACACAUCUACCGCCGCUUCGAACAGGAGACCACAAGCAAGAAGCGUCAGUAUGACCAGGAGGUGGAGAACCUGGAGCGGCAGCAGAAGCAGACGAUCGAGAGGCUGGAGCAGGAACACACCAACCGGCUCCGGGACGAGGCCAAGCGCAUCAAAGCGGAGCAGGACAAGGAGCUGUCCAAGCACCAGAACAUGCUGAAAAACCGCAAGAAAGAGGAGCAGGAGUUUCUGCAGAAGCAGCAGCAGGACCUGGACAGCGCUCUGAAGAAGAUAAUCCAGCAGCACAAGCACGAGCUCGCCACCAUCGAGAGAGACUGCCUCAACCACAAGCAGCAGCUGCUGCGAGCUCGGGAGGCUGCUAUGUGGGAGCUGGAGGAGCGCCAUCUGCAGGAGAAACACCAGCUGUUCAAGCAGCAGCUCAAGGACCAGUACUUCAUGCAGAGACACCAGCUGCUCAAGAGACACGAAAAGGAGAUGGAGCAGAUGCAGCGCUACAACCAGCGUCUGAUCGAGGAGAUGAAGAACAAGCAGACACAGGAGAGAGCCAGGCUGCCCAAGAUUCAGCGCAGCGAGGCCAAGACCCGCAUGGCCAUGUUCAAAAAGAGCCUUCGCAUCACCGCGGCGGUCAUCACCCCCGAGCAGGAGAGGGAGAAGGUCAAGCAGUUUGCAGCUCAGGAGGAGAAGCGGCAGAAGAACGAGCGGCUCCACCAGCAACAGAAACACGAAAACCAAAUGAGAGACUUGCAGCUGCAGUGUGACGCCAACGUCCGGGAGCUGCAGCAGCUGCAGAAUGAGAAGUGCCACCUGCUUAUUGAACACGAGACCCAGAAACUGAAGGAGCUGGACGAAGAGCACAGCCUGGAGCUGAAGGACUGGAGGGAGAAACUACGGCCCAGGAAGAAGGCCCUGGAGGACGACUUUGCCAGGAAGCUGCAGGAACAGGAAGUGUUCUUCAAGAUGACCGGCGAGUCCGAGUGCCUUAACCCCUCCAGCCAGAGCCGCAUCUCCAAGUUCUACCCAAUCCCCAGCGUCCACUCCACUGGUUUCUAGUAAAAAAGAAAGCCUACAUACAAACGCACAGUGUACACACACACUCAUACUCAUGAAGACAGUUGAGACUGAUCCUGCGCUGCCUUGUCCUCGUCCUCUGACGACUGUCAGCAGGUCCGAGAUGUGUUCCUGUCUCUGGACUGAGUCCCUCAGUCGAAGAGACUCUUCCUCUCUUUUUUGUCCUAUUUUCAUACUAUUACCGUCGUUUUUAAAGAGAAUUAUGAAGGAGAUUUUCCGAUUUUUGGGUCGUCACCUGAAAAGCACUCAAGUCAAGUAGCUCUCUGUCCAACCUCCUUCCUGAUUGAACAAUUUUAUUUUGUAAAGAAUCCAGUGCCUGUAGAAACUGAUGAUUUUGACUUUUAAAUCCAAGCAAUUUCUGAUCAUAAUUUGCUGCUCAACUGUUUUUUUCUUUCUAAUUUAGACUUUUGCACUAAGGAGAAGGGUUUUUAAUGCCACUUGAUUCGGUCAAAUAUUGAAUAGCAACCGUAUCAUUUUUAAUUGAUCAUCCAAUAAAAUGUAUUUCCGUCAAUCAUACAUAUCUUUUCGUGUCCGAGUGGUAGGUUGUGACACAUUAGGGGGAUGUAUUGUUUCAAAACAUUUUUCCAGCAGAAAUGAUUCCUUCCUUCAGGGUUUUCCUUCCGAAUGCCUUCCUGUUUCAAGCACGUCAGAACUUGAGACGGCUGCUCGGCAACAUGCAGCACGUGGAGUAAAACCAUGAGUGAUGUCGUACGACGGAGCAGGCGUGGAGCGACAAAGACUCACCGUCGAUCGGACACUAAGGAAUAUUCUCCGCGGUGGCUGUCGAACAAGCAUUUACUCACCGUUUGUAAGCUCUGCUUUUUUUAUUCCAGGUGACACCACUGUUAUUAUUAUCAAGCAAAAAAUGAUGUCCCCUUUAGUAGUAAGUUCUUCAGGGAUGAAUAAAGAAUGUAAAUUUUCUUUCAAUGAUGUCCAUCGAUUCUGUCAAAUAUAAUUCUUGUUUCGGGAUUUUUUCCGAGGACUGGACAGUCGUUAGCAAAAAUUCAAACCGUGAAACAGCUCUUUCAGUUCAGCUACGGAAAACAAAAAUCACCCUACCUGCAGUUCCAGGCGAUGGGGCGUCUUUUUGUAGUCGCUUUGGAUUUUCUUCAUGUGCCCACUCAUGAGCUAUGUUAUGGCCGUGGCUUUUGUUUCCUCUUUUUAUUGGAAUGAUGAGACUGUUUUACGUUGACAUGCUAGCGAGUAGCCUUAAUAACUUACAGAAGUGGAUUGACUGUAUACCUGUGAUGAUCACCUGUAAAGGUUUUUGUUUAACCUCUUGGUUUUAUAAAGCCUAUGAACAACUUCAGAACUGUUUCAUUCAGCUGUAUUCAAACAUACAGUUGUUUUUAAAUGUAGGUUUGGACCUGACUGGUUUAGGCCAUCAUGACCUUCUGAUUGGUUCAUUUCAUCAUCUCGUCUCAGUCAGACGUAUUUAAUAACUGAGCAGUUCUGUUCAAAAACAUAAGGAGUGCUGUGCACCUUUUGCAAAACUUUCUCACUUGCUAUUUAUAUGUGCUACAGCUUACUCGACUCAGAAGUUUGCAGCGUGAAUACCAUUUUAAAAAAAUCUGUCCUGUCAGUUCCUGUUCCGGUAGAUUCUUUAAAACUGUAAAUUGAAUCAAAUUCUGAAUGUUAACCAUUAUCCAUAUCAAAAUCAUUCUGCUUUUUUUUUUUUUUUAGAUAAAUGUAUAGUUUUUAGAAAGUCUGUGUAAUGUAGAUUGUCAUUUUGCUGUAAAUAAAGUUUCAUCUCUACAUCA